GGAGGGAGGCGGGCGAGGGGGGCGUGGUGAGGGCGGCGAGCCCCUUCGCGCCGCGCGGGGAAGGAGGGAAGGCGGCGGGGAAAAAGCGAAGCGCGGAGUGGGGCGGCUCGCCCGGCGGAGCAGGGGGACGGCGCCGCCCGCCCGCCCGCCCGCGGCAGCAGCAGGCUGGCGGGGCACCUGCUCUGCCCUGCCGCUCGCACUCGCCGCUCCUCCGGCACCUUGCACGCGCGCUGUUCGGCUUUGCUUUUUAGGACGAGCCAGCCCCUUCCCUUAUCCCCCCCGCCCCCGAAGGCAGGGGAGCCGUGGACGAGCCGCCCCCUCCGAAGGCAGAGCCCCGCAGCCUGCGCCAUGUGAGUGGGACCCGCGCGGCCGCAGCCGUCGGCGAGGGCACGUCCAGCAUGUGAGGAGCAGCCCGGCCCCGGCAGCAGCGCACCGGCGCCUCAGCCCAGGGCCAGCAUGACCGAGGUGAAGGCUAAGGACCCCGGAGCGCCUUCGUCUGCCAGAGACGGGGCGGUCCUGCUGCAGGGCCACCCUAGCCGUGACCCCUUCCGCAGGGAAGCGGAGGCCAUCGACAUUUCCCUGGACGGGCUGCUGUACCCCAAAAGCAGCGACGAGGAGGAGGACGAGGAGGAAGAGCCGCGGAAGCAGCCAGGGGAAGAGGACCGGGAGUGCCUCUCGUACCGGCCAGGGAGCGGCUCCCUCUCGGAUAAGGACUCCCUGGACAGCGUCCUCGACACCUUCCUGGCCCCCACGGCUCAUGCCAGCUCCGCCGUCGCCGCGGCGCCGUGGUCCUUCUUCGGGGCAGAGGUCUCGGAGGUGCCCAGCGCGCCCAUGAGCCGCUGCUCCGAGCAGAAGGUGGGAGAAGCAGCCCUCGGGGCGGCGGCGGCCGGCGCGGCCCCGGCGCCCGGCCCCGCGCAGCCCCCGCCGCGGCCUGCCCCCCUAUGGCCGGGCGGCGAAGCCCUGGCCGCCGCCGCCGUUAAGCCGCGGCCGGCGGGGGGCGGCGCGGAGGGGCCCGGCGCGGCCCCCAAGGGCAAAGCCCCGGGCCUGGCGGCGCUGCCCGGCGAGGAGCGCGGCUUCGCCCCCGGCCCCCGGCUGGAUCAGGACGCCGGCUCCGGCGGCGGCAGCCUGGCCCCGGCCCCCGCGGCCUCUCCGCCGGCAGCGGAGCCCGGGCAGGAUUAUCUGCACGUGCCCAUCCUGCCCCUCAACUCUGCCUACCUGGCGUCGCGCACCCGGCAGCUCUUGGACGUGGAGGAGUACGAGAGCGGCGCCUUCGGCCAGCGCGCCUCGCCCGCCGCCGACUUCGCGGACUUCGUCUACCCCGCGGCCGAGGCCAAGGAGGGGCCCUUCGCCUACGGCGACUUCCAGCCCGCCCUGAAGAUCAAGGAGGAGGGCAUCGGCGUCCCCAGCCCCUUCCUGGGCGCCAAGGGCGCCGCCGCGGCGGGCUGCGCCGACUUCGCGCAGCACCCGCGGGCCGGCCAGGACCCCUCGCUGGAGUGCGUCCUCUACAAAGCGGAGUCCUCCCUCCUGGCCGGCGCCUACGGGCCGGCAGCGGCGGCUGCAGCGGCGGCGGUGGGGCCGCCCGACAGCCUGCCCUCCACCUCCGCGGCGCCGCCGGUCCUCUACCCGCCGCUCGGCCUCAACGGCCACCAGCCCCUGGGCUUCCCGGCGGCGGUGCUGAAGGAGGGUUUGCCCCAGCUGUGCCCGCCCUUCAUCGGGUACAUUCGGCCAGAUACAGAAACCAGUCAAAGUCCUCAAUACAGCUUCGAAUCCUUACCCCAGAAGAUUUGUCUCAUCUGUGGUGAUGAGGCAUCUGGUUGCCACUAUGGAGUACUUACCUGUGGAAGUUGUAAAGUCUUCUUUAAAAGGGCAAUGGAAGGGCAGCACAACUAUUUAUGUGCUGGAAGAAAUGACUGUAUAGUGGAUAAAAUUCGUAGGAAGAACUGUCCAGCAUGUCGCUUGAGGAAGUGCUGUCAAGCUGGUAUGGUCCUGGGAGGUCGAAAAUUUAAAAAGUUUAACAAAAUUAAGGUUGUGAGAACAUUAGAUGUCGCACUCCAGCAGCCAGCAGCCCUUCAAGAUGAAAGCCAAUCUCUAACCCAGAGGCUGUCUUUUUCUCCAAAUCAAGAAAUACAGUUUGUUCCCCCAAUGAUAAGUGUUUUACGAGGUAUUGAGCCAGAAGUUGUCUAUGCUGGUUAUGACAAUACAAAGCCUGAAACACCAAGUUCCUUGCUGACGAGUCUAAAUCAUCUUUGUGAGAGACAACUUCUUUGUGUAGUCAAAUGGUCUAAAUUGCUGCCAGGAUUUCGGAAUUUACAUAUUGAUGAUCAGAUAACCCUCAUCCAGUAUUCCUGGAUGAGUUUAAUGGUUUUUGCAAUGGGAUGGAGAUCAUACAAACAUGUCAGUGGUCAGAUGUUAUAUUUUGCACCAGAUUUGAUACUAAAUGAACAGAGGAUGAAAGAAUCAUCGUUCUAUUCACUGUGUCUAUCCAUGUGGCAGCUCCCACAGGAAUUUGUCAGACUUCAAGUUAGCCAAGAAGAGUUCCUAUGUAUGAAAGCACUUUUACUUCUCAAUACAAUUCCUUUGGAAGGUCUAAGAAGUCAAAGCCAGUUUGAUGAGAUGAGAACAAGCUACAUUAGAGAACUGGUGAAGGCAAUUGGUUUGCGCCAGAAAGGCGUUGUAGCCAACUCACAACGUUUUUAUCAGCUUACAAAACUGAUGGAUUCCAUGCACGAUCUAGUGAAACAGCUCCAUCUCUUCUGUCUGAACACAUUUCUCCAAUCCCGUGCACUAAGUGUUGAAUUCCCUGAGAUGAUGUCAGAGGUGAUUGCUGCCCAGCUCCCCAAGAUUCUGGCAGGGAUGGUGAAACCUCUUCUCUUUCACAAAAAGUGAAAUGUCUUUUCUCUUAUCAUAGAGAUGAUUUCUGGUCAUAUUUUGUUUGUUUAUUUUCGUCAAGAUUUUGCAAUGUCAGGACUUCAGUAUAUUUGUCAUACUUACCCUACCUAUUGCUUUAUACUUGUAACAUACACAAUCCAUGUAAGUUUGAUGUACAUAUUGUGAGUUCCUGAUUCCUUUUACUGCAAAAAUCACAGCAGUUGAAAGAAAUGUUUUGUAAACUUGGCUAGGUUGCUGUUUAGAUAUGCAUACAAAUGAUAAUGAGAAGAGCUUUCAGAUUUCUAAGAAGUUAUCUUAUACAUUUUUCUUACUUAUUAUACAUUUUCAAAUUUCUUAUAUGACAUGGUGUAAACUUUUUAAUACAUUAUGUGCAUGGGUACCUGUGGGCAUGUAUGUAAUACUAAAGAUUUUGAAGAAAUUAAAAUAUAUAUUGCCCACAUUUUCUCAUGGAUAUUUCACUUUUUACUUAGUAAUCUGCCUCACAGAAAUAUCCUUUCAAAAUAAGCUGUCCAGAUUUAAGUAGAUGUCACUGCAGCAUCUUCCCGAAUAACUAAAGUGCUAGCAACAAAACAUAUAUUCAUAUUCUUGUCUGUGCUCAUACUGCAUUGAAACUCUGAGUUGUGUGCUGUUUUCUACACCAUUCAGUGCACUUCUCCUUCAAAAAUUGGAAAGCUUAUGAAAACGUCCAAGUAUGUUACGCCAGAACUAAUGUGUAUGCAAACCCACUCAGCUUUAGUUUGUGCUAUUUUCCUUUAAAGUCUGGCAUUUGCUAAAGCUAAAUCACUUAGCUAUAACCUUAAAUUUGUCAGCUUUAAAAUUCUGCAUUUCAGAAGCUUUAAAUUGAAAUGUUUUCAGAGAGUGCAACUCUUAAUAACCUUAAUGUUUUGAAUCUUAAUGUUGAAUACUCAGACAACCAUUAACAUCAAAUUAUAGAGAGAUUAAAUGCAAAAAGAAAUAAAAAAUAUGACUACAAAGUUUUUGAUACACAUCAGGCUCAUUUUAUUACCAUUUUGUAGAGGUAAAUAUGCUUUAAAGGCAUGCUGUUAUAAUUUGGGUAACUGUAAAAGAGGAAAUGAACUAAAUUAGCUUUAUUUGUUCAAGGGGAAUGUCAUAUUUUACCAUGGAAAUGAAAUAUUUGACUGAAGAAUGAUAAUGUGGUGGUGUUUUUGCCUUAGGGAUGAGUAUAAAACAACUCAUACAUUUGAAGCACUAAAUUGUAGAUGUAUUCAAACAAAAUAAAAAUGGAUACAGCCCAAGAAGAAUUUAUAAGGCUAUUACAGUGUGAGACAUUUUUGCCAGUCAUUACAAAUGGUACUGAAGUUCUCUAGCAAUGUAGGAGAUAGUGAAUCAUACUGGGGUACUUGUUAGCCACACAUUAUGGCUCUUCCCCCCUUACACAUUGGAUACAUCCAUCAUGUCAGUCGCAUGUAACUUGAUGUGUAUAGAUAUAUCCAUGUCAUGUGAGCAAAGUAGAACUGCAGACCCACUGGACAGAAGUUCAGUAUUCCUGAUUAAAUCAGGGUGACCCUCCUUAAAAGUUUAAGUGCUUUUAUUUGUUCAUAAAGAUUAUGUCUUGAUUCUUUAAAGAAGAAAUGGGAGCUGAGAACUACCAUCUAAAAGAUAGAUCUAGAGAUAUCUUUGUUAUUUAUCAUUUCCUAAAGCCAUUCAGGAAAAAAGCUGUGUUACAAAUGGGAAUAAAAACAUUUCAGCUUCUCACAUAGUAGUACAAAACCCACGAGAGCUGGGGAAAAGAAACACCUCUAGAUAAAAUGGCAUAACCGGACUUUCUUGUUAGUUGACUAGGUUCAUAAUUUUUAACUGCCAAGAGACAACCAUUUUUUCAGUACAGUCUGACUUCUAACUUUGAUCUUUAAAGAAAUUAUGUUUUAAUAAAUAACACAAAAUUCUUUAUUUCUGAAUAAUGAGGCUUUAGUUUCUUGAUUUUUAUCUGUAUUUGCAUUCAGUAAUUGUGGAGCUCAGUUUAAAAAAGUUGUUCAUUUCAACCAUCCAGCUUUUGUGUAAUAAAAAUAUUUUUAUGCAUUCUCUAGUAAAUCAAACAUUGCUGUAUGAUUUACCAUUCAGUAAACAGACAUUACUGUUUAUAUUAACUUGUUAACAGAAACUUCCCACACUAAAAAUUACUCCUCUACAUCCUAAUUCUGAAAUUAGAAAGUGGAACAGUCAAUAUGCUUGCCUUAAGUAUGCCGUAGGUCAGCCUUCAUCUGCCUUUUACUCAAUUUCUAAAAUUUGUUCCAAGUGUCUGCCAUGUCACUGUGUCCCAUAAAUAUAGCAGCUUACUCUGAAAUACUCUAUAUUUGUCUCAAAGGCAUCAUCCAAAAGAAAGAUCAGAUGUCUUUUGGGAAUAAAUAGCAAAUGAAUAGCAAAUUAUAUUUUUUGAAGAUCUCUAUCUCUCAGAAAAAAUUCCCAGAGCAUCAGGAUCAUGAUAAAUGAUGCACUGCACAGGACUUUCAGGAGGAGUUUGGAUACAUGUGGCUGCUAUAUCUUUUGAAAAUACUGUAUUCAUUAUUAGGUUGUCUAAAGUUAGACAAAACUAUAUUAAUUUGAGAUUUUCCAGCUUUGAGCCCAGUUUCUAAAACUGCUUUUAGUCUUUAUUUUGGUACCAUCAUUUUCUACAGAUUAUACUGCUAUCAUUAACAGUAAUCAAAACACAAGAUUUUUUUUCUUCUCCUGCAGAAAUUUUAUGUGCUGUGACUUUGCAAAACUGCAGCCAUAUCCAGAGAAUUAUCAGCAAACUAGUUUUAUCUAGGAGUUUUUUUUAAUCUCUCUGCAUUUAUAUUUGUUUCAAGAUGAAGGUAUUUUUUAACCUGAAGUUUACAAAUAGGUCUAAAUAAACAACUUCUAAGGCUUUUGUGUAUAUUGAACUAGGUAUGAAAAGGCUGCAUCAUCCUAUGUUGCAUUUUGCAACUACUAAUUACUAGUGGUAAGAGGUUUUGGUGGACAAAAAAAGUUUUUGCUCUCUGGCAUUUAUGAUGUGCCUGAUUACAUUUAUAAAGGUUUAGACCUGUUGUCUGUGUAGAAGCUUGCCAUAUUCUGCAGAUUGCAGGCAUAAUUUCAUUUUUCUGACAGGACACUAGAAGUUAUUAAUUCUUACGCUAAGUUAUGCAAGCUCUGCCUGAAGCUAAGCCUCUCAUAUUCUGUACAAUUCAUGCCUUUUUGACCCAAGGCCUUCAGUAUUGCCUUCUGCUAAUAUUUAAGUGAAACAAACAAAACCACAAAGUCUUCAACUGCUUACUUUGGUCUCUACUGUCAUUAUUCAGCUUUUAGAAGCAUGAAUUGUUCAAAAGUAUUUAUAGUUUUUAAAGAUUGUUUUGAAAGUUAAACUGCUUGGCUGGAGCAGCCCCAGCUGUGUUUGGAAUUGGAAAACUGUAGCAAUGCAGGACAGAGAAUGAGAAACUUCCAGCACCAGCAGGUUGACCUACCCAUUCACGCGUGGCCUGGAGUUGCUUGACUGUCAUACCUGCUGUGGGCAAAGAAAUUCAGAAGGUCAAACACAUAACUCACGUUUUCAAAGAUCUCAGCUGGAUCAACAUUUCUGACAUUCACUGGGGAGGGAGGAUGUUGGUUGUUAACAGCUGUUCCAUGACCUUAGGAAAUGCAGUCUGGGAAUCUUUCAAUUGAUUUUGAGGUUUUUGGAACAGUCUUGUUAUAUGUGUGUAUAAUAAACUGAAGUUUAGAUAUUUUUGGCCUCCAGCUGUUCCUUCAGCUGCAUUGCAGCUUUAUUUUCUAGUGUUAUAUGUAAAAUAGAGAGAUGAGAAUUGAGUUUGUAUUUUCUGAACGGUCAAUGCCUUAGUGCUUUAAUUCUCUGUUGUUUUUUUUUAGCUACGGAAAUAUGUCUCUCUCAAGGAUCGUAUAAUGCAUUUGAACAAGGAAACUAACAGAAAGAUAAGAAAGAUUUUGCUUCUGCAAAGCAGAAUCAAAGAGCAAGCACCAAGCCCGCGGGCAUUACGACAAAUCACUGUAAUUAAACUUUGGGUUUUUUUAAAGUUAGAACUAAUCUAAAAACUUUUUGUGUUUUCUUGACAGAACAUCGGCCAAUAAUUUGGUUUAAUUGGGAAGCUCAGCUGUUUUAUUGCAUUCCUAUCUAUCUAAAAACAAAUCUUUAUUCUUACUAUCAGUGGCAUAUCAGUAGCAUAAACUGUAAUAUCUGUAGGGAUCCUUUCCUCCCAUCCUCUCCUACCUGCACAAACAUAAGGAGAGCAAUGGGCUGCGCUCCCUCCUUUCAGCUCUGCAACUCCAAAUAAGCAUGUGUUGUCUCACAUGCUGUUGGUGGCUGGCUGACCUUUCUUUCCUUUGGAUAAAUCAGCUUGCAGCCACAGAGCCAAUAUCCAAAGCCUUCCCAACUUUCCAUGGCUCAAAAGCCUUUGUAUAUACUGCCAGGCUAGAUUGUCAGCAUUGCUAGAUUUACUGUUUUGUGCUGCUCUGUGUCAUGAUGACCUGACUGUUGAACAGCGGUUUGUCUUUAAUUUCAUUCUCUUUUCCCCCUUGGAAGAUAAAAAGAAAAAAAAAAGUUAUUUUUAGGUGUUGUUUAUUUUAAAAUUUAUGAGUUUUUUCAGAUAAAUAUGCUAUUAAUUUAUUAUAGUGAAGUUAUUUGUAUACAGAAUGAUAGUAUAGAUUUUCAGAUGCUUGAGCAGAAGCACGUAAGUAAAAGAUUACUGUAUAGAUAAUGAUAACUGAGUUAAAAUUUUAGCUGUUCAUUUGUUUGAGGAAAAUAAACCUCAGAAGGUACCAAUGCCAUCUGAACUGAAUUCCCUGUUCUAGCUUUUACAUAACUUUAAGUACAUGAGCAGUGCUGCUCCCUUGAUGCAUUUUUUUUGCCUACACUUUGGCAUUUUCUUUCCUGGUCAGGCCCACUGUCCUCUGUUCAAGGUUUAAAGAAUAUAAAGAAUAUCAGAGAGUGGUGAACUUUCAUUUAGUUCUAGUUCAUCAUUUAAAAUUGGCAACAUUUCAGUUUCUUGCUGCUGUGAAUUGUGCUCAUUAUAAAAAUAACAUAAAUCUUUUAGCCAUAGAUCAUGUUUUUCUGGGAAAGAAAACUAAAUUACCCUUUCACCUCUACAGGUACAAUGGUUCCACCAAUUUAGCAUUCAAGCAUAUCAGUGAGGAAGUUCUCACAAUGUCAUUUAAAUAGUCUCACUCUAUUGCAUUUUCCCACAGCUCAAUUUAAAUAUCCACCCAACCAGUUCAGUACUAAAAUCUUUUUUUGCUGUAUUGAGGAAAAAGAAAGUUUUCCAGGAAUCCAGAACUCACCAUCAGUGAACUCCACAGAGGUGUACUUUCAAACAAGAUGCAAGAUGAAAAACAUCUAGUGGCACAAGAAAUAUUUUUGCCAUCAAACCUGAGAUAAAUGAGCAGACCAUUACAGAGACCUUUGUAUUAUACAGGUGAGACUUUUAUGGACAGUACCAUAAGUCAAUCAUUGCAUAUUGCACAUACAUUUUCCACAUGUCUGUUUUUCAUAUACUAGAUAAAAAUGCUUUUACACUUCAUACCCUAUGUUGUUGUUUUAUGUCCAGUCUGACACUCUAAUCUGCAAUAUCAUCCAGUUAAGAACAAUGUUCUCAUCAUUGCUCUCUUCCAAAAAAUCUGAUUUAUUCAGGCAGGUCCAUUGUGGGCUCUGUGAAAUUUGACUGAAUAAGCAAAGCACCAAAUGAACAUGUACAUGGCAGCACACGUUCAGAAAGUGUAUAAAUGCUACUUAGAAUACUGGAUUCAUGGGAAAAAACCUAAAAUUCAUAGGUUGCAGCAUUGUUACCACUACAAUUUUAAAAGGAAAUUUGUUUCAAAGGAGUAUACAAUUCUGUUGCUUUCUAAAUACUGCCUAAAGCUGAUUGUAUACUGAAAUUUAAUAGGAUCUCUAAUCCCUUUUCAAAAAAAGAAAGCUCCAAGGAACUGGGUUUUCUAAGUCUUACAUGAUAUUUGAAAAUCAUAAAUCUAAAUAUUGUUAAUUGCCCAAUAUGGACAAAUCUAUUUCAAAGGCAGUUAAUUGCAGUUGUUACCAGGCAUAUCUAUAUGUAAGGUUAAAGCUGUCAUUAUGAAUAGUAGUGUGUCAUGCAGUGCUUUUUCUGACAGUUAAAAAACAGUGGGCAUGCAUAGUUGAAAUACUUACUGUAAUAUCACACACAUGCAGGCACGCGCACACACACACACAAAAAUUUAGUUACAAUUGCAUCCCUGUAUACAACUUAUAUAGUUUAAAAAGAUGCUGUAGGGUGUUUUUUUUUUUUUUUUUUUUUUUUUUUUGAGGAAGGUACCUAUACUAGUCCAUGUAUCUUAUCCUUUGUAGAAAUAAAUACAUAUUAUAAAAAUCUCAUUACCAUAAUUUUAUUUGGACAUUAUAAUGAACCAAAUGCACUUUCACUGGAAUGAAUUUUCACCUACAGCUCAGGAAGUUAGGAUCACGACUUAAACUUUCAAUAAAGGAAAUGAAAUUUUGGAGACUGGUGGAUGGUAGUCCAUAUGACCCGUCCUUUUGUUAGAUGUCUUUUUGGAGAUGGCAUAUCUGCAAUGUGGCACCAGACCUUCAGAGUAGUGGCAAAGACCACUCAGUAGAAGAAAUAAUAUGCUCUAUACCAUUUUCCCAGAGCCUAGCAACAUUUGCAAUAAUAAAAUAUGGAAUUACUUUGCUGGUGAACAUAAAUAUAUUCCUUUAUAGGCAGAGUACAACACACUUGCUAAAAAUUAUGCACUAUUAAAUAGAAGAAACAUGAGGGCAGAAACUGUUAAAAGAUUUUUUUUUCAACCAUUUACCGUUACCUGAAAUGCCCAGGUAGUCGGGCUAUGGAGGCAUCAAACAGUCCAGUUCUGUUCUAUCAUGUUGGCAUUAUGCACAAUGGAUGGUAAUUUAGUCUUUUGGGACUAUCAUCAUUGCACAUCAUGCGUUAGUUAGCCAAGGGGUUUCUAAGAAUUAGAAGGCCUUACAGUUAAAAACGAAAUUGGAAGUUUUCUAUCCCAAAGCUCAUCAUUCAAUAUAGUCAUACUGCAUGCAGUCCAAUUCACUUACACCAAUUUUACACAAAAGCAUUAUCAUUGGGUUGACUUAUACCUGCAAUUUAUAGUGACGGUUACAUUCAACUUAAAUUUUACUUGGAGACAGGAACUCAUACCCUUUCUCAAGCUCACUAAUGCAGAUCAUGUGUCUAUUUGGCUAAUUACAAAGUUGUAUAAGCAAAGUAUAAGCAAAACAUCUGAUAUUCAGAAAAAAGAACAGGCUGAAAAUAUUAUUUUGGAAGAGUUUGCAUUUAAUGUAUCCAAAAGCCUUCACUGACGAUGGCUGUUAAUUCAAAGACAAGCUACGUUAUAGAGAAAAAGCACAAUCUAGGGGUUAAAACCAUGUGGGGAACUCUUGCAAUACAGGAUUUCUUUCAUGUUCUGAAUAUCACAAAAAUUCUGUCUCUCAAUUCCCAUAUUUGUAAAAUGCCCCCCCCCCCCCCCCCAACGCACAUGCACACUUUCUUUCACGUGGAUUACAUAGGGGUGUAAUGCAUUAGCACUUGGUAAAGGCUUUGUGAUUCUGGAUGGAAAAUUCUGUAGCAAGCCAAAUAUUACUAUUUAACUGAGACAUAUCUGGACUGAUGUUAGUAUUGCUCUGUAUUUAACAAUCAGUCAGGAGUGUGAUGGACAUAAUUUACAGUCUAUUGCUGUUAUUUUUAUAUUAAAAAAAAAGAAGGAAAGAGACUUGUAUAAGAUUUCUGUAUUUUCCAGUGAAGAGGAACUUGCAGCUAUAUAUUUGUAAGUCUGAAAUAGCUUUCAAGUAUUUUUGUAAAGGUAUUGUCUAGCUACAUUGUGUCAUGUCCAAUAAAUUGGGGAUGUGCUUA